AUGAAUAAGAAAGAAUUCAGAAAACUCAAUGCUCAUAUCGACAAAGAAGUGCUCAAUCUAACAGGCGGAGUUUAUCCUGUUGGUCUAAUUACUUAAUAGAAACCUAUCAAUCAUCAGAAGUGGGCACAGGAAGAAAUUUUAUUAAAUAAUUCACUCGUCAAAAGAAUUAAUGCUUGGGUACCUGAAUAAGAAAGAGGCAAGCUCUUUCCAGGAGAAAAGUUUAAUAUUGAACCUGAAGUUGUUGAAUUUACAGAGAAUGAAAUUACCGUGGAUGAAAAUUGGGAUUAUGAGGAAACCAAAUACCUAUUCCAAGAGUUGAGACAUUUCAAUUAUAAUUUCAUCAUUCUUUAUGAUAGAUAUCAAUAUCAAAACAAAAACAGAGACAUCUAUCAGUUGAAGGAUAGAUAUUACAGUGUCAUGAGGGAAAUCUUAUAAAAGAGAAGUCAAACUUCACAUUAAUUAUAUAAUUAUGUCUAUGAUGAGGAAUAUGAUAGAUUUAGAAACAUGGAGUUAGAGAAAUAUUUGAAAAGGACUAAAUAGAUUUGUGAUGAUGAAAAAAAAAUAUAGGAGGAUCUCAGAAAAUUAGAUUAAUUGAUCAAGAAACAAGAGAAAGAACAUCGAAGUAUCACCAGAUGUAUUGGAAGUGCUCAAGAAACUGAUGAAAUAGAUGAAAACAGAUUACAAACCAUUUUAGAAGUUGGCCAGAAAAAUGAGGAUCUCAAAAAUAAAACCCAAUAACACAUAGUGUAUCUCAGAACCAAGUGGGUGAAUGAUGUCUUGCCUAUUCCAAGCUCGGUCAAAGAUAAAUUAGAUAGACAGUUAAAAGACAUCAUCCCUCAAGCUAAAUUGGUCUUAAAUCAAGAGUUAGAGGCCUCAUACUCACAACUAAGGAAGUUCUACUUGGAAGUGUUAAUUAAAUAAAGAUUGUAAAAAAAGAGAGAAGCAGAUAAAAAGUAAUUGGAAGACAAAAUUAGAAAAAUCAAAGCAUAAUUUGAUUCAUAACCUCCAAGUGAUAUUAAAUAAAAAAAAUGA